GGCGCGGAGGGAAGCGGGGGGUGGGGGGGUCUCCUCCCCGCCCGCUCCAUCCCUCCCCUCCUGCCCUCCCUCCCGGGGCUGUUUCUUCCCCGGCCCUCCGCCCCUCGCGGUGCCGCCGAGCCGAGCCGUGCCCGGAGCCGCGGACGAGGCGGCGGACAAAGGCCCGCAGACGCCGCGCUGCCGUGAGGAUGCCGCAGCUGCCGGGGGCCGGGGGCGGCGGGGGGGACCCGGAGCUCUGCGCCACCGACGAGAUGAUCCCCUUCAAGGACGAGGGGGACCCGCAGAAAGAGAAGAUCUUCGCCGAGAUCAGCCACCCCGAGGAGGAGGGCGACCUGGCCGACAUCAAGUCCUCCCUCGUCAACGAGUCCGAGAUCGCCCCCGGCGCCAACGGGCACGAGGUUUCCAGGCAGACUCAAGCACAGGAUUCCUACCAUGAUAAAGGCAGAGAACACCCCGAGGAAGGAAAGCAUCCAGACAAUGGCUUAUACAGCAAGGGACCAUCGUACUCUGGUUAUUCUGGGUAUAUCAUGAUGCCAAAUAUGAAUAACGACCCAUACAUGCCUAACGGAUCUCUGUCGCCACCCAUCCCCAGAACAUCCAACAAGGUGCCCGUGGUACAGCCUUCUCAUGCGGUUCACCCCCUCACCCCUCUUAUCACCUACAGCGAUGAGCACUUUUCCCCCGGGUCACACCCGUCUCACGUCCCCUCUGAUGUCAGCUCCAAACAAGGCAUGUCCAGGCAUCCUCCAGCUCCUGAUCUCCCUACCUUCUAUCCCUUGUCUCCAGGUGGGGUUGGACAGAUAACACCACCUCUUGGCUGGCAAGGUCAGCCUGUAUAUCCCAUCUCGAGUGGAUUCAGGCAGCCCUAUCCAUCCUCACUCUCAGUCGACCCUUCCAUGUCCAGGUUUUCACAUCACAUGAUUCCUGGUCCUCCAGGCCCUCACACAACUGGAAUCCCUCACCCAGCUAUUGUAACACCUCAAGUAAAACAAGAACAUCUGCACAACGACAGUGAGCUAAUGCAUGUGAAGCCUCAGCACGAACAGAGAAAAGAACAAGAGCCAAAAAGACCUCAUAUUAAGAAACCUCUGAAUGCUUUCAUGUUGUACAUGAAAGAAAUGAGAGCAAACGUUGUAGCAGAGUGUACUCUGAAAGAAAGUGCAGCUAUCAACCAGAUCCUUGGCAGAAGGUGGCAUGCUCUCUCCCGUGAAGAACAAGCAAAAUAUUAUGAACUAGCUCGUAAAGAAAGGCAGCUACACAUGCAACUUUAUCCAGGCUGGUCUGCGAGAGACAACUAUGGGAAGAAAAAGAAGAGGAAGAGAGAAAAGUUGCAGGAAUCAGCAUCAGGUACAGGCCCCAGAAUGACAGCUGCCUACAUCUGAAGCAUGGUGGGAAAAGAAAUGCUUUCUCAACUUGCAAAGCAAAGGCGGCGACACCAGGACCCCUUCUGGAGAUGGAAGCUUGUUAAACCCUAGGUGUGUCCUUCAUCCACACAGACCACCCCAAGGAGUCUGUCUAGGAUGUCAUCCACCCUGAUGUCACUGCUAGAGACACUGAAUCAUAAAGACAAUCACUGCCAAAAUCCUUCACUAUCACGAGGUCCAGCCCUGAUAUAAAUAGAGCAAAUGAGCUCCUGGGUCAGCAGAGCAGCUUUUGUCUUCACCUCUGCCUUGCACUCUUAAGCCCCCAUCUCAUCUGUGUCCAUAUUGAGUCAGCAAAUACAGUAGCAUGGCUGUCUAUGCCUGCUUCAGCCAGCAGAAUUCCAUAGACCACAGCUGCCCCACACAGCACAUCAAGGAAUGGAAUUUGCCUGGACCAGGAUGACGCGCUCAACCUUUUUAUUUAAUGGUGCGACAGGAUCAAUUUUGGUUUUAGCUUUUUUUAAGAAACUUGAAUGCUUUUAUAUUUUAACUUUUAGUUUGUAAUUUCUUUGGUGUAUAUUUUACUAGGUAUGAGCUUAAACAAGUGUCAAAAAUCGGAAAUACUUUUUAAAUAAAAGGAGUUUUUCUUUUUUUUUUUUUUUCUUCCAGAGGAAAAAUCUGUAUGGAAAAAAGGUGGCUGUUUUGUUAAACUAUUUGUAACAAAUAGUGGCCUCUCAGUCUAUAUAAUACAGUGUCCUAUAGAACUAAAUAAAUGUAACAACAGUCAGCUGGUCAGUAGACAUGUUAGUCUUGCGUCAUCUACUCUGUAAACAUAAGCAAUACAUUCAGCAAAUCUGACUGCAGUGAGUUCUCCUUCUCACCCAUUCCCCUUCUCCUUGUAAAAAGCCCAGCACUUGAAUUAUUACUUCAAUUGUUCUGUAUUUGUAUCUGUUUUUGUUAGCCUGUUAGUGGGAUUUUAUGCCAGUUGUUGAAAUGAGCAUUGAUGUACCCAUUUUUUAAAAUAGUAAGGCACAGCCUUUGCCAAAAAUACUGUCAACCAAUUUUUUUUUGUCAUUCCAGUUUGAGUUAAUGUGCUGAGCAUUUGUUUUUUAAUAAAAGCUUUGUAAUAAAAUGGAAUUUAACUGUC